CUUGCAAUGCUUCUUCAUUUCGUCGGUUGAUUGAUUUCUACCGUUACACCUUUUUUAUUCCUUAAAUGUCACUUACUACACUUUUAACAAAAACACCGAUUGGAUAGAGCAUUGCCCUUGUUUCUAUCUUUGGAAUCUUUGUGCCCUGGGAAGACGGGGGGAAUUAGAAUGGAGAAGAAGAAAGAGGUGAUCCGUUUGGAGCGCGAGUCUGUUAUUCCAGUCCUCAAACCCAGGCUCAUCAUGGCCCUCGCCGACCUUAUAGAACAUAGUUCUGACCGGGCUGAAUUUCUGAAGCUUUGCAAGAGGGUUGAGUACACAAUUCAUGCUUGGUAUCUUCUACAAUUUGAGGAUCUCAUGCAAUUAUACUCUUUGUUUGAUCCUGUGAACGGGGCUAAGAAAUUGGAACAACAGAAGUUAUCUCCAGAAGAGAUUGACAUUCUUGAACAGAAUUUCUUGACAUAUUUGUUUCAGAUUAUGCACAAAAGCAAUUUUAAAAUAGCUAGUGAUGAAGAGAUUGAUGUUGCACAUUCAGGACAGUAUCUUCUAAAUCUUCCAAUCACUGUUGAUGAAUCUAAGCUUGACAAAAAACUUUUAGAGAAGUAUUUUGCAGAGCAUCCUCAUGAGGACCUUCCAGAGUUUGCUGACAAGUAUGUAAUCUUUCGACGCGGCAUUGGAAUUGAUAGGACUACUGAUUACUUUUUCAUGGAAAAAGUGGACAUGAUUAUUGGACGCACUUGGGCAUGGAUUUUGAGAAAAACAAGGAUUGAUAGACUAUUUUCGAGGAGAUCAAGUUCACGGCGCAAAAAGGAUCCCAAAAAAGACGAUGAGAUCAACAGUGAAGCAGAAGAUCAUGACUUAUAUGUUGAACGUAUCCGCAUUGAAAAUAUGGAACUCAGUGCCAGGAGUAAUCAAUUUUCCUUGCAUCAAGUGAAAUAGUGUAGAGUCCAGGAU